ACGGACCUUCAAGACCAUGGCUCAAUUCGUUGUGUUGGGCUGCUCAUGGGUCAUUGGACUUUUCCAGCUGAACAAGGACACCAUAGUGUUGUCGUACAUAUUCACCAUUGUAAACGGCUCCCAGGGAGUGUUCAUCUUCCUGGUCCACUGCCUGUUGAACCAGCAGGUGAGGAGAGAAUACAGCAACUGGUUCAGCCGUAUGUGCAAGGGGAAGAAGGCAGAGGCGGCAGACACCUCCUGCCCCAUCGCCAUGAGUGACGGUUUCGAAGGCUAUGAGACUGUGAAGAGAACUCAGUUGGACAUUGCGUGGGAGAAUAUGGGCUCUGAAUGAUGAGCCAGUCAGCGUCUUCAGCUGCAGAUUCUUCCAGCAGUGAAUCAUCAUUUUGUACCAACCAUCCAUGAAUCCCACGGAAUUCAAACAAACCUGCAGAUG